AUCCCAAGCGUAAAAGCCUGUCUCAGUGCCUGCAGAUUCCCAAGGAGAGCACCGAAAGUCCUUGACAGCGAGCGAGCUGAGGAAAUGGGCAGCUGCUGAAGUCACCUCCUGAGGUCUCGCCAAAUGUUUGAAAGGGAAUAUGCGAAAUGUCCGCAUGCUGGGGAGGAAAGGACGGAGAUCCAGGGUGCCGGAGAAGGGUUUGUAGAACAUGGGUGGGGACGUCCUUGGCUGUGACUCCCGGCUUGCCUCCACGUGGCCCUUAGUGUGUUGUUUACUUCUUUUCGUGUGUGCCUAUGACUUUGUGGUUCUGGGUGCUGCUGGGUUUGUUCCUGACCACGUCUCUGCGUUAGUUAAGGUUGACUUUGCGCCGAUUUGCUUGUGUGUGUGUGUGUGUCCGUGCGCGCACGCGCGUGUGCUUGUCGGUGUGCUGGAUGGGUGUGUCUGCGUGUCGGUGGCUGUGGCUCCGUCUAAGUCCGUGCACGUCUGCCAGGUGAAUUGUGCCUGUCCGUGCGUGUCCUGGCGGGCACUCUCAUUCUCGUCUAUUUCCGAAUAGGAGGGAGUGCCUGCGCACUACCCUCUGCCCAGGGUCCUCAGGCCUCACGACAAGCCCGGGCAGGCAGGUAGCAGCCACAGAAGACUGCGCAGCUCCCAGCUCGCUGCGCGCACUCCGAGGCGGCUUCUCCGGAGCGCAGGCAGAGACCCGCCGGCACUGCGAGCCUCGAGCACCCCGGGAGCUGAGUGCACCACGCGCCCCCUCCACACCCACCCCACGGCCGCUGAAUGAGGCUUCUAGGCGCCCGCUCGCUGCCCGCAGCCCCCCGCCGGAGGUCGGCCCGCUGAGGCGCGGCGGGUGCGCCGGCUGCCAGCGCGCUCACCUGCCCGCCUGCGCGCCAUGGGGCAGCCCGGGAACCGCAGCGUCUUCUUGCUGGCGCCCAACGGAAGCCAUGCGCCGGACCAGGACGUCCCACAGGAGCGGAACGAGGCAUGGGUGGUGGGCAUGGCCAUCGUCAUGUCGCUCAUUGUCCUGGCCAUCGUGUUUGGAAACGUGCUGGUCAUCACAGCCAUCGCCAAGUUCGAGCGUCUCCAGACGGUCACCAACUACUUCAUCACCUCCCUGGCCUGUGCUGACUUGGUCAUGGGCCUGGCGGUGGUGCCCUUUGGGGCCAGCCACAUCCUCAUGAAAAUGUGGACUUUCGGCAGUUUCUGGUGCGAGUUUUGGAUUUCCAUUGACGUGCUGUGCGUCACGGCCAGCAUUGAGACCCUGUGCGUGAUCGCCGUGGAUCGCUACCUUGCCAUCACGUCCCCCUUCAAGUACCAGUGCCUGCUGACCAAGAACAAGGCCCGGGUGGUCAUUCUGAUGGUGUGGGUCGUGUCGGGCCUUAUCUCCUUCUUACCCAUUAAGAUGCACUGGUACCAGGCCACCCACCGGGAAGCCUUAAACUGCUAUGCAGAGGAGGCCUGCUGCGACUUCUUCACCAACCAGCCUUACGCCAUCGCCUCUUCCAUCGUGUCCUUCUACCUGCCCCUGGUAGUCAUGGUCUUCGUCUACUCCAGGGUCUUUCAAGUAGCCAGAAGGCAGCUCCAGAAGAUCGACAAGUCUGAGGGCCGCUUCCACGCCCAGAACCUCAGCCAAGCGGAGCAGGAUGGGCGGAGCGGGCCGGGACAUCGGAGGUCCUCCAAGUUCUGCUUGAAGGAACACAAAGCCCUCAAGACGCUAGGGAUCAUCAUGGGGACGUUCACCCUGUGCUGGCUGCCCUUCUUCAUCGUCAACAUUGUGCACGGGAUCCAUGACAACCUCAUCCCCAAGGAAGUUUACAUCCUGCUAAACUGGGUGGGCUACGUCAACUCGGCGUUCAACCCCCUCAUCUACUGCCGGAGUCCAGAUUUCAGGAUGGCCUUCCAGGAGCUUCUGUGCCUGCACAGGUCUUCCCUGAAGGCCUAUGGGAACGGCUGCUCCAGCAACAGCAACGGUAGGACUGACUACACAGGGGAACAGAGUGGCUGUUACCUGGGGGAGGAGAAAGACAGCGAACGGCUGUGUGAGGAGCCCCCAGGCCCGGAAGGCUGUGCACACCGGCAAGGUACUGUGCCCGAUGAUAGCACUGAUUCACAGGGGAGGAACUGUAGUACAAAUGACUCCAUGCUGUGAUGCAGGUGUCUACUUUCUAAGCGCCCCUUUCCCUCCCAGCCAAACACUAAACAACUCGAGUGUGAUGAAUUUAGAAUGAACGUCUAUAGAGAUGUGCAGGAGGAGGAACAUCCUUCUGCCUUUUUAUUUUUUAUUUUUUUAAGUUGUAAAAAAGAGAAAACAUUAUUUGAGUGAUUGUUUCUUGUACAGUUCAGUUCCUCUUUGCAUGGAACUUGUGUAAGUUUAUGUCUGCAGGCCUUCGGUCCCAGAGGACGUGGGGCUGGUAUGUUUUGAUGACUUUUCCGCAUAUCUACCUCAUUGAUCAAGUAUUAGGGGUAAUAUAUUGCUGCUGGCAAUUUGUUUCUGAAGGAGACCUUCCUUCCUGCACCCUUGGACUGGAGGAUCUUGAGUCUCUCGGACCUUUCAGCUGUGAACAUGGACUCUCUCCACCCCUCUUAUUUGCUCAAACGGGGUGUUGUAGGCAGGGAUUUGAGGGGCAGCUUUGGUUGUUUUCCUGAGCAAAGUCUAAAGUUUACAGUAAAUAAAUUGUUUGACCAUGA